UUGCCUAGAGAUAAGAAAGAUAAUUUAUUAAAAGAUUACCUCAUACCCGACAAUUGUAGGUUAUUACAAGCACCUAAGCUAAAUGCCGAAAUAUCUGCAGCCGUAGCGGACUCUGUUAGGAACAGAGACAAGAUCCUAGUUGCCCAUCAGCAACAAUUAGGAUCGGGCAUAACUGCCGCCAACCGAGCGUUAAACAUUCUUUUAAGCGGCGAAGACAAGAAAGCUUCCAUAAAUCAUUUAAGUAAUGCCUGCCGCAUACUUUCGGAUUUACAUGCAACAAACACGAAUAGUCGCAUUAAACUCAUAACACCAAACCUAGAUAAGAAUUUUAUCCACAUCAUUCAAGAUUCAGUACGAGACGAAACUCUGUUUGGUAACAAUCUUUCUGAUAAGAUCAAGGCUGCCAAAUCAAUAGAACGUCAGGGUCUGCAAAUUAAAAAAUCUAUUUCGAGAUCUUCCGGACCUCAAACCACAAGCAACCGCUCUUCAAACUCGGGAAACUGGUCCGGCCCGCCCCGGUAUUCGUCGAUUCGCGGCAACCGAGGCGGGAAGAAAGCAAUAUCACAGAACCGCCGCGUAUACCCGAGCUCGACGCAACAGCAGUCAGCGUCGAAACCUGCAGCAGCGAUCAGGCCUCGUGCCCCGGCACCGCAGUAACUCAGGUACAUGCAGGCAGAAUUAAAUACUUUUUUAUUUGCUGGUCUAAAAUAACCUCCAAUCCAGUCAUUUUAGAUUGGAUACAAAACGGCCUGUCCAUACCUUUUUGCAAGAAAGUAAAUCAAAGAAAAAUACCUCACAAUACUUUUUCGAAGUUAGAGCAUCAGGAAAUGUCAAC